AUAGAUAGAUCUUGUCAUCCCUGGACGGAGAUCGACACCGUUUCGCGUUCGUUCGAAUUUAUUGGACAGAGAAGAAGAAUGGCUAGGUGUAACAGCGAACCGUUUCGAUGGGAAAGAUGUGCCGGAAGUGUCCUGUUCACGAUUCUAUUCGUCGUUUCACGUGCCACAUCGGAGGACCAGGCGCCUGUUAUAUCGCAGACCACGGCGAUGAACUACCUAUCUCAAUUUGGCUACUUGCAACCCAUAAAUCCAACAAGUGGUGGAAUCAUAUCUCAGAAUACGCUAUCGAAAGCAAUCGCAGAGUUCCAAGCUUUUGCUGGAUUAAAUAUAACGGGUGACUUUGACGAAGACACUUACAAGCUAAUGGCUCUACCAAGGUGUGGCGUUAAAGACAAAGUUGGCCCUGGAUUCGGAAGAUCGAAGCGGUACGCCCUUCAAGGCUCGAGAUGGCGUGUCAAGAAACUGACCUACAAGAUCAGCAAGUAUCCGCGAAAUUUGCCACAGAACAAAGUCGACGUUGAGCUGAACAAGGCGUUCAAAGUGUGGUCGGACUACACUGACCUCGUCUUCGUCCAAAAGAAGUCGGGCCAGGUCCACAUUGAGAUCAGAUUCGAGAAAGGUGAACACGGAGAUGGAGAUCCUUUUGACGGACCUGGUGGCACUUUGGCUCACGCCUAUUUCCCUGUGUACGGUGGCGAUGCCCAUUUCGACGACGCGGAACAAUGGACCAUCGACAGCUUCCGUGGUACGAAUCUCUUUCAAGUGGCUGCUCAUGAAUUCGGCCAUUCCCUUGGUCUGAGUCACAGCGACAUUAAAAGUGCCCUAAUGGCGCCUUUCUACCGUGGUUACGUGCCCUACUUCCAGCUAGACGACGACGACAUUCAGGGUAUUCAGGCUCUGUAUGGAAAGAAGAACGUAAAUACUGGUAGCAUUCCUGUUGGGCCAAAACAUGGGACUACGACUGUGGCGCCGCCAAGCGAGGAAGAUUCGGAACUGUGCACGGAUCCAAAAGUCGACACGAUGUUCAGUUCUGCGGAAGGGCAUAUGUAUGUGUUCAAAGGCGAUCGUUACUGGAGAUUAACCGCGGAUGGUGUAGCAGUCGGCUAUCCUAAGCUCAUUUCUCACUCGUGGAAAGGACUGCCAGGGAACAUAGACGCUGCGUUCACGUACAAAAAUGGAAAAACUUAUUUCUUCAAGGGCUCGAAAUACUGGAGAUACGUAGGGAAGAGAAUGGACGGGGAUUACCCGAAGGAAAUCAGCGAAGGUUUCACAGGAAUUCCAGAUAACAUCGACACCGUGACUGUGUGGACCGGAAAUGGCAAGAUCUACUUCUACAAGGGCACCAAAUUCUGGAGGUUCGAUCCUACGCAAAAACCACCGGUGAAAAACACCUACCCGAAAUUGAUCUCGAACUGGGAGGACAUUCCUGAUAACCUCGACGCCUCCAUUGUUUAUCGCAGUUACACAUACUUCUUCAAGGGAGACGCUUAUUAUCGAUUCAACGAUAGAACAUUCUCUGUGGACAUUGCUGAUCCAGCGUUCCCAAGAUCAACAGCUUACUGGUGGUUCGGGUGCAGAUCUGCGAACAAAGGAACACUAGGUAAUGUCCAAUGGAUGCGUAACAAUCCAGAAGAUAUAUUUCCGCAUGCCGGCAUUCUGGAGUCGGCAAACGGUGAUUACGAUUACGACGAUGACAGAAAUGGUGACGUCGGAGACAUCAUUUUAGACGCAGGCGAAACGGAUGAGCAACUAGUCACGUCCUCCAAUCAGGAUGUGGGCUCUACGGCGGUAAGCAUUUUCAAAUCAUCGUCGACGUUGUGGUAUCUCCCGCUCAGUCUGAUGACCAUGAUCAUGGCUAAAAUUUUUGCUACUACGUAAAAAACGAAACUGUUCGACGGAUAUCGAACCGAUAGAAUCAUCGAAGAAAGGAAGUCUACCAGAAUUAUUGGAACGAACAAUUAAAAAAUGGGGAAAGUGUGACUUGAAGUGUGCCGAAC